AUGUCGACCGCCACAGAGACACAGUCCAUGAGCAGGGCCCGUCAGACAAAUUUGUCAAACACUGCGAAGGUUGACGAUAGAGGUGCAACGGAAGAGCUGGGCCACAAGAAACGGUUUGCAGAAGACAAGUUUUUUUGGACAUACACGGAGGAGCCUCACCGCACCCGGCGACAAGCCAUCAUAAAAUCACACAAGGAAAUCUUGCAACUGUGCGGCCCAGAACCGCUAACGAAAUAUGUGGUCCUCCUCGUCGUUCUGCUACAGAUCCUCUGCGCCUACCUCCUCAAAGACUCUGCCUUUUUCUCAUGGCAGUUCUUCCUUACGGCAUACAUAAUUGGCGCCACCGCGAACCAGAAUCUCUUCCUCGCUAUCCACGAGAUCAGUCAUAAUUUGGCUUUCCGGACAGGCAUCUACAACAGACUCUUCGCCAUCUUCGCAAAUCUUCCCAUCGGGAUACCCUACUCGGCCGGAUUCCGACAGUAUCAUUUGACUCAUCAUAAAUCGUUGGGCGUGGAUGGUGUAGACACGGACCUCCCUACAGCACUUGAGGCGAUCUUCCUGGACUCGGUUCUCGGCAAGGCGUUUUUCUGCACAUUUCAGCUGAUAUUUUACGCAAUUCGGCCGAUGAUGGUGUACAAGAUACCCUUUGGCCCAAUCCACUAUUGCAAUAUUGGAGCUCAAAUCGUCUUCGAUAUCCUGAUCAUCCGAUCAUUGGGCUGGAAAGCUUUCUCUUAUCUGCUCACGAGCUCAUUCCUGGCUGGUUCUCUACACCCAUGCGCUGCUCACUUCAUCUCAGAGCAUUAUGUCUUCGCCAAAUCUACUCUCGAGAAUGGAAAGGUUCCGAAAGAUGUGCCUAUUCCAGAGACGUAUUCUUAUUACGGCCCACUCAACGUCCUCACUUACAAUGUCGGGUAUCACAACGAACACCAUGAUUUCCCGGCCAUCCCUUGGACCCAAUUACCGAAGGUCUAUGAAAUUGCACGUGAAUUUUAUGAGCCUCUGCCGUGCCACAAAAGCUGGCCUUUCGUGCUGUGGCAAUUCAUCACUGACAAAGAAGUCGGGAUGUGGUGUCGAGUCAAGAGGGCAGAGGGCGGACGCAUUGUGGGAGGUUGGCAAGAUGCUGAAGUGCAGAGUUGA